CGAGAGUUGCCUCAGUGUUUACAACUACUUGAAGUCCAUAUCCAUAUAUCUAAACUCUCAGCAGCGCCUUGCUCAUUAAUGAGUGGUUCUUGUCCUGUACAUAGCUCUAGACUAAGACAAUGAACACCCUCUUCAAUUCCGCACUGCGGCAGUCCGCAUCCAUACGAAAGGACCUCGAGGUCUUUGCCGAUGCUCCCGCUGCUUCGCCAGCCCUCCUCGGUCAAAUCAGCGCCUCCCUUACCUCCUUCUCCCGUACCGUCGACGACUAUUCCAGACUCGCAAAGCAAGAGAUCGUUGCUGCGAAACAAGAUAAGGCAUUUGAGCGCGUCAAGACAUUCAGGAGCGAACUGUCGGAUUACCGUGAUCAAUUUAACCGGCUGAAGCAAGACAAUGAGGCAAAACAAACGACACUUGAACGCACAGAGCUCUUUGGCCGUCGACCACACAAUACCGCAACGCCCGAAAACCCAUAUUCAAACAAUGCUAAUGCGCAGCACUCACCAUGGAGGCCGGCUAAUGCACCACCACCAGAAGCGAACCCUUACCAUGCAACACGAGAAGGCCAUGCGCUGCGUGAGAGCUCAUUCAUGUCGCAGACAAAUGCUCAGCUAGAUGAGUUUCUAGAUCGAGGAAGAGCAGUUUUGGGAGAUCUAGGGACCCAGAGGGAGAUGUUGAAGGGAACGCAGAAGAGGCUGUACGGGGUUGCAAACACGCUGGGUAUCAGUAAUGACACGAUACGAAUGGUGGAGAGGAGAGCAAAGCAGGACAAGUGGAUAUUCUACGCUGGGGUGGUCAUCUUCUUUGUGUUUUGUUAUUUUGUGCUGAGAUGGUUGAGAUAGGACGGCCGUGGCGAUGUUACUUCCUCUGGGCUUAGCACGGCGUUGUUGGGGACCGGUAUGUGCAGGGGACUGAAAUUUGAAGACUUUGUCUCUCCCUUUCAAGAUGAAGGCGCAGAGCCAACGAGAUGUUGGCAGGUUGCCAAUCUCCUUUGAGUAACAAUUUCCACACAAGUUUUUAACUCGAUACACUCCUGACGCACGAUGCUCUCUUCUUCAUACUUGUAUCAUUUCAUCUGGUGGUGCUUGUACUAAGUGGGUUUGGCACAGAACCCCAGUAUCUUGUAGCUUCUCUACACUGUUGAGAAACAUAGAAUUUGGUACCGCUUAUAAAAUCAU